AUGACGUUUCAGCCAACUGUCCGCGUGAGGGACAGGUCUUCUGGGUAGCUCUUCUGCUUCGUUGAAUUACCUGUCGCCCUCAUUCUUUUCCACUGAACGCAGUCAUGUCGCGGAGUCAACAAGCCACUCCGGAGCUCACUGAGGUGCUAAACCAACUCUGGCGCCUGGAUACCAACCGUCUCAAUCCGGGGACAGAUUACAUCAUUUCCCUCCAGGGGAGGGCAGGUUUUGUGGCGCAGGGGAGCAACUAUGCCAAAGACAUGGCCAAAGCGCCGCUCUUCAAAUAUGUCAACGAAGACAAACUCAGGGGCAUCAAGACCUAUUUACAUUUCGGCAACCUUCUGGACAACUACGAAUCGUCCACAGGUGUGUCAGAGAGGGUGACGUCAGAGGAGCUUCAGGAGAACAGGCUAUUUAUCGAUUCCGUGAUGGAGACCAAUGUCAUGAAGCGCGCUCACAAAUACCUGGUCGGGAAGCGGCAGUCUCCAUCGGACCCUGAGCAGUUCAAGAGGCAGCUGUAUGACAUCUGGUUCCGCCUCUACCACAGGGACAAGAGUGGAGGAGAGGAUUCCUGUGGGUUUGAACAUGUGUUUGUGGGAGAAACCAAGUUUGGACAGGAGAUCGUGGGUCUCCACAACUGGGUCCAGUUCUACCGGCUGGAAAAGCACGGCCAUGUUGACUACAAGGGCUACAAAGCAAGAGACGGCAAAGACACACCGGACGAGGAUGACCACGUCCUGAACCUGCAGUUCAGCUGGAAAGGCUCGCUGAAGCCGGUUGGUGGCUGCUUCGUUGGUGUGAGUCCAGAGUUUGAGGUGGCUCUCUUCACCAUCAUCUUCCUCAUGUCGACUGAGAAGAUGACGUCCGUGGUGGUGAAAGUGGACGAGUACGUGCUGGAGCUGGUUGUCUAUCGGCACGGAAAAUCCAUCGGCACGUCUUUCCCCAAAUUGCUCAGCGGCAACCACAAGGAUCUGUAACAUAACCAAGCCCCCAUAUGUCUUGUAAACACGUUGAAUGUUAUUCCAACAUUAUGAAACAAAUCUGGUGCUCUUUGCAUUAAAUGUCAGGCUUAAACUGUCUAUAACGAGCACAAACCUAUUAAAGUUUUUUAUUUCCUGUGA